AUGGAGCAAACUUUUAUCAUGAUCAAGCCUGAUGGCGUCCAAAGAGGGCUGGUUGGUGAAAUUAUUGGCAGAUUUGAAAAGAAAGGUUUCACUUUGAAAGGUCUGAAGCUCAUUACUGUGGAUCGCCCUUUUGCCGAGAAGCACUAUGCAGAUUUGUCUGCUAAGCCCUUCUUUAACGGGCUUGUUGAGUACAUUAUAUCUGGCCCUGUUGUUGCAAUGGUUUGGGAGGGUAAGAAUGUAGUCACUACUCGUAGGAAGAUCAUUGGUGCUGCCAACCCUGCAGAAUCUGCUCCCGGGACCAUCCGUGGUGAUUACGCCAUUGACAUUGGCAGGAAUGUCAUUCACAGCAGUGAUGCGGUGGAGAGUGCAAGGAAAGAGAUUGCUCUAUGGUUUCCUGAAGGAAUUGCUGAAUGGAGGAGCAGCCUUCACCCCUGGAUCUACGAAUUUUCUCUCCCUUAA